CAUCGUUCUUUUUGGUAUCGUUCAGUCAUGGGCCCAUCGAUCUCGGCCUCCAUCGAGAAAAAGCCGACUCUCAAGAGAAAGGUUCCCGCCAAAAGCAAUGUUCGUGUCAAGAGAGAAUCGAAAACACCAAAGUCAAGCAAGACGCCUCCCGCCGCCCCCGUUGCACAUACAUGGGAAAACUGUGACGGUUUAGAAGACUUCCAACGGCUUGCUCUGAAAGAAAAGGCUGUCCAGAAUGCCAUUGGUUUUCUCAAUGAUCUGGCUUCCAAGAUUCGCCUAGCUGUCGAGCAAAAUCCCGACGUUACGGACUCAAGCCUCAAAGAGCUCCAGAAGUGGGCCGAGGACAAAGAAACUGCCAUUCAGAAGCAUCGCGAAUUCCAAAUCCUUGUCGGGGUAGCCGGCUCCACGGGAGCCGGAAAGACUUCCCUCCUCAACGCUCUCCUCGGAGCUUCCGAGUUCCUCCCCUCUAGCUGUGAGCAAGCCGCGACUGCUGUCGUUUGCCAGAUUUUGUGGAAUCAUGAUGAGACCCCUGGCCGCGAGUACCGCGCCGAGUUCCUUCAGGCCGUCGAAGAUCGUCGAGACAUUGAUGAGCAGGAAUACGAAGACGAAGAUCUGAGAACCCAGGAUGCCGCAGAGGCUCAGAAGACCAUCGACGGUCUCAUUGGCAAGAUCAACACCAUUUGGGAUCUCGACCCCGAGGAUCUCAAGCAGAUGACUCCAGAGAAGCUCCUCGAUUCCGAUGCUGCAGUGCUGAAUCUCCUCGGGACCACGCUGCACCUCCACCGCUCCGACGCCGAUGAACUUUCGCGUAUGGUCAGGCCUUACCUGGACUCCACGGCCCACAGGCACGGCGGAGAGGGAGAACGGGCAUUCGCCGCAUGGCCUCUCGUCAAACAUGUCCGCCAGUACCUUCGCGUCGAUAUUCUCAAGAGCGGCAUCAGCUUGGUCGAUCUCCCCGGCCUGGGCGACAUGAACGAGAGCCGCGCCGCCGUGGCCCGGGAAUUCUACGAAAGUCUGGCCGUGACCAUGAUCGUGGCGCCCAUCAUUCGGGCCGCGGAUGAGAAGACGGCCAUCAGUCUUCUGGGAAACUACCAAGAGCUCCAGUUGCAGAUGGACGGACGCUUCAACAAGAAGGGCUUUGCUUUCGUGGUCUCCAAGACGGACGACAUCAAUGUCGACGGAUACCUGAAGCGCUCUCAGAAUGUCGCGGACUCUGAGGUGGUACAAGACUACGACGUGUCCAAGAAGUUGGAUGAAGAACUCAGGCAGCUCGACGCCGAAGUGAAGGCAAGGCAGAAGGAGUUUCGCAAGCUCAAUCGGCAUCUCAAAGGCGUAACAAAACAGGUUGCUAUUAUGGUGACUAACGCAGACCUUUGCAUAGGAACAAUUCGGCGUCUCGAAAAUGAACUUAAGACUCUUAAAUAUCAAAAGAAGGACGCCAGAAAACAAGCAACUGUUCACCGUCGCCUCGUCUCCAGAGCGAUGAAGCUUCGGACCACCAAGUCGAAGCAAAGAGAACGCCACAGGUCCAGACUCAUUUUCCACUGCACCACGAUGCGAAACUCGGCCGUUCAGAAGCGCAUUGUGAAAGACUUUGAGCAUCGUCAGCGCAAGUUCAAGGGCUCCAGGUCCUCCGACGCAAGUGGUGAUAGAAACGAUGAAGGCGUCGAGGUCAUUCCCGUCAGCACGGUAGCUUUUUGGCAGCUGCAGAAGAAUGAAAGGAUGCCCGGCUUCCCGAGGGAUGUGUAUACAGGGGUCCCUCGAACGAAGAGUUGGCUGCAGGAGGCAACCCUUGGUCGACGGGAGGAGCAUCUCGAUUCCGUCCUAAACAGUUACGCCACGCUUCUGAAUUGGAUUCAACACUGGUCCCAGAGUCAGAGUGUUAAAACGAAUAUGGGCUUCACCAAGGGGGAUGUGGAGGAAAUAUUGACCCCCGUCCAUGAAAGGUUCCGAGAGCUGCUUCAGGCUCAAACUGUGGUCGGCUUCCACGAUCAGAUCAUGGACAUCGAUCCACUGCGCAAUAAAGACGAUCUCGCUGAGAUCUGCAGCAAGAAAGCCAAACGAGUUGUCGGCCGAUGGCACCUCCUGUACCCCGAAAGCGAAACAAACACAACUCACAUGCAUUGGCAAACGUAUCAGGCUAACAUCCGGCGGGAUGGAGGUCCUUUUGCUGGAACAAAAAGCGAAUACCACUGGAUUGAGCAGCUUGUGAUCCCGGUUCUUGAACUCAUCGUCGAGCAAUGGGACGAGGAGUUUAAUAACAAGCUACCUGCCUUGAUCAAACCGAUGACAACGCGAGUCAGCCUCAACUGGGAUAGCUACAUGAAAGAGAUCUCUUCUAAUCUGAAGGAUCUCGAUGACAAGCUACUGGGCCCCUUUGAGCGCUGUCCAUCUUCAUUCCAACCCAUCCAGAAGAAACUUGGCGACGAGGUGCGCCGGAUUCUGGGGAACAUUGCCGGAGAAGCUGCGCGCUGUCGGGUCAAACUCAUUAGGGACCUCCAGGAUUCCAUGCGUCCCAUUUUUUAUGAGGCACUCUCCGUCCGAGUAAAGGGAUCGUAUGCCGCCAGGAGAGGCCUCAUCAUGACGAAAGCUCUCCAAAAUGGCAUCGAGAUGUUCCGUAUAGCGCUGCACAAGAUGGACAAAAACCUCCGUAAAGACAAAGCUCAGUUGCCGGAGAGCUUCGCAUCCCUCGCGGCCACCAUCUCCGAGUCGGUUCGGCUUCAACUCUCGGCGGUCUUUGAAGGCGUCCUCCCCCGGGGCACUGGAAGCAAAGAGGGCUUGAGCAAGAGAACGAAGAUCCAACUACGGAAAGAGAUUCAGAUGCUUGUCGUCCAAUGGCAGGCGAGUUGGAAGGCCUCUUGCGGCGGUCUGGAGUGGGUUGAAAGACCCGAUCCUUGCCAUGUCCCCAAGGACUUUGACAACGAGGAACUGGAUGUUUCAGAGACAUCGGGGAGUGAGACGGAUCCUGGUGAUCUGGACGACAUGGAUUUGGACACGGACAAUGAAGAGUGA